UCAGGAAGAAUAAUUAAAGAGGCACAAAGGAGAUUAAGCAGAAAAUAUUAUUCUCGCCAAGUAGCAAAUAAUUUAGUAAAAAAACACGAUAGCAUAGCCGUAGAAGAUUUAAAUGUAAAAAGUAUGCUGAAAAAGAAGUUAGGCGAUGGUAAAAGAAGCUUACGACGGAGUUUAUUAGAAGUUAAAUUUGGAAUUCUAUUGAAAGUUAUUGCCGAGGCAGCUGAAAUUGCUACUCGGCAAUUUGUUCCAGUAGAAUCCAAGAAUACUUCCCAAAUAUGCUCUGAUUGCGGGGAAUUGUUAAAAGAUAAAUUGGAACUUAAUCAGAGAACUUUUGA